CAAGUGAAGCACCUUUACAUACAUACACCGGCUCUGUAUGUAUCUACCGUGGCGACAAUGGAGCGGGAAGAUGCCGAUGCCGCCGCCGGCGUUACGAAGUUAAAGGCAGUGUCAGCGUGCAUCGGCAUGGCUGUGUUCUACGUUGCAAUUCUAUAUUCUCCAACUCUGAUUCUUCGAUUGCCCCCGCCUAAUUCCUAUACUUCCUUCCUCACACGACGUUUCAUAUGCGCUGCCGUAUCAUCAAUCGUGUCUCUGAUCGUUUCCAGCCUCAUUCUUCCCAUAACAGGGUGGGAGGCAUCAAGUCUGCUUCGUGUUUAUGGCAUCAGAAUGGAUCACAUUUGGCAAUCCCUGGUUUACCCACUUUUGCUGACUUCCUUCAUGUACUCUGGUUCCUUUGCCUUGAAGUUUUUAUCUAUGCUUCAAACUAGCAGAGAAUAUUUGGAUAGUGGAGGAAAUCUUUCAGUUGCAUGUGUAAAGAGCAUUUCCUUGAUGAUAGUUGAUUGGGUAGUUUCAACAGCUUCCUGCAUGUCAUCCUGGCGUAAUUAUUUUGUGAAAAGAAGGGAUUGGAAAAACGCACCAAUUACAGAAGAACUGGUAUUCAGAGCUUGUAUGAUCCCUUUGCUUCUGUGUGGAGGAUUCAGUACUUACACUGUUAUAUUUCUUUGUCCAGUAUUUUUUAGUUUAGCUCAUAUGAACCACUUACUGGAGUUCUAUCUCCAACGGAACUACAGCUUGCUCAAAGCCUGUCAAGUUGUAGGUUUCCAGUUGGUAUACACUGUCAUUUUUGGGGCAUAUGCAUCAUUUCUUCUAAUUCGUACUGGGCAUUUGACUGCUCCAUUAAUUGCUCAUAUAUUUUGCAACUUCAUGGGCUUACCUGUGAUACAUUCUGGGAGAUCUGGAAUGGUGAGUCUGGUAUUUGUAAUCGGAGUAGUGAGUUUCAGCAAGCUGCUUUUCCCUCUGACGACCCCUCGUUUGUACAACCACGAAGGAGACAAUUGCAGUUGUUGCCAUAGAUAUUGCAGUUGGAGCUAACCCAAUUUAUGCAACAAUCUGCAGGUAUUUAAAUUACAUGCUUGCUGUAUAUGAAUGUGUAUUUAUAUUUCCCUAUAUAAAUUGAUACAGUAAGAGGUUUUUAGGUUAUUCAGUAAAUUAAUGAGGGAUUUAGUCUACAAUAAGCGACGUCUGUACCAUCCUUGCUGUGAAAACAUAUGAUGAGCUAUGCAAAAUUUAAAUGGCUGCGGAAAAUACAAAUGAUUCAUUUUGUGAUGA